CCAUACACUCCUUUAAUUCCCAUGUAAAACCCUAAUCCCACUAAUUUCAUCAGCUAUCCUCACGUAUACACACACUCUCCUUCUGGUUUUACGAUGUUUUGAUAUUCAUAUCUCAUCCUCAAAUCGUUCUUCCGAAAAUGUUUAGAUCACUGUUUUAGGUAACAUCCUUUAUGGUUUUAGGGCUUUCUCAUUUUCUUAAAACUAGCCUUUUAUUAAUGUUUUUCUUUGAAAUUAAGGCAAGAGGCUAGGAGCUUGGUCGACGUUGUUUAUUUAUUAUUCGAUUGUUUGUGAGAAAUGGCUAGUGAGACUGUCGAUGAGGCGGAGCAGACGAUUUCAAUUAAAGAGUAUCUUAAUGAAGUCGAAGAAGAGGAAUUGGAGGCGGAUUUGGUUUUGGGUGGAGAUGAAGGGAAGGAGUGCACCUAUAUUAAGGGGUAUAUGAAAAGACAGGCAAUUUUCUCAUGCCUCACAUGCACCCCAGAAGGAAAUGCUGGAGUUUGCACUGCUUGCUCCUUAUCUUGCCAUGAUGGUCAUGAGAUUGUGGAGCUCUGGACUAAGAGAAAUUUCAAGUGUGAUUGUGGGAAUUCGAAGUUUGGGGAGUUCUUUUGCAAACUUUUUCCGAGUAAAGAUGUAGAAAAUGUUGAUAACUCAUAUAAUCACAACUUCAAAGGUUUAUACUGCUCAUGCAAUCGCCCAUAUCCUGAUCCAGAUGUUGAAGAACAGGUAGAGAUGAUACAAUGUUGUAUGUGUGAGGACUGGUUUCAUGAGGAGCAUAUUGGUCUUGAGUCAUCCAAUGAGAUUCCUAGAGAUGAGGAAGGGGAGCCUUUGUGUGAAGAUUUUAUAUGCAAUGCAUGCUCCGCAGGUUGUUCCUUUUUGACCCUAUAUCCUCAAACCAUAUGGGCAGCUGGGGUUCAGCAUAGUGGUAGUGUUACUAUCAAAAAGGAUAAAGAUGUAAUGCAAGAUAUCCCUUCAGCUUGUGGUUCUGGAGAGCUUGAGAAUGACAUUUUUUCUGUUAGUUCUCCUAAAAAAGAUGAUGCGAUGACUAAAACUAAUUCUGAAUCUUUGUCUGGUGGGAAGGGGCUUGAUACUGGAGAAAGUUCUGAGAAGAAAGUCGGUUCAAAUCAUUGCAAUAAUGAUAGUAGUUCACGUACUACAUGUCUUCUUGGAGAAAAUCUGAUGUCAAAUUUACCUAUUUUACCAAAGAAAGCACUAUUUCUUGCCAAAAAUUGGAGAGAUAUUCUCUGCAGGUGUGAAAAAUGCUUAGAUAUGUACAACCAGAAACAUAUGGGUUGUCUUGUUGACAAGGAGGACUCUAUAGCGGAGUAUGAAAGAACAGCCAAGCAGAAAAGGGAAGAAAAAUUGCAGCAACAAGAGGGUGCUGAGUUAAGUUUUCUCAAUAAACUUGGCCACGUAGAGAAAAUGGAGAUUCUCAAUGGCAUUGCAGACAUGAAAAAUGAGUUUCGGACAUUCCUGGAGUCAUUUGACCCUUCAAAUGCAAUCACAUCUGCUGAUGUGCAACAGAUUUUUGAGAAUCUUGCAAAGAAGCGAAGGCGUGUAUAGUGAAACUUCUGCCGGACCUUUUCUGCAGUUGUGUUGCAUGUGUUAAUUUAAAUCUCAUAUGUAGGUGCUUUCAGAACGGAUUCUGGGAGAAAAAACCAAUGUGAAAACUUCCUAGUUUAAGUUCUUCUUAGGUCUGUAAUUUCCCUGGCCUAGAUGAUGAAGCAUUUUGAUAUGUAGAAUUGUGUUUUUCAGAACAACUUGUUGGCCUUUUCUAUUUACCUGCUUGAAAUGGAAUAUUCUUAAGU